UGCGGUCAUAUCCUUAAUUGGCAAGUUCAUUUUAUGAGUAAAUUUCUUUGUAACGAUAAACAAGGGAAUUUUGGCGGGUCAGCAGGGAAUACUGUUUGAUGAAUGUGAUUGUUUGCCCAAGCCCCAGUAAGGCUAUUUAAUUCGCCAACCAAGAACAUCGAUCAACAGUCGAGCAAAAUUCGUAGUUGCAAAUGUUGUAGGACUUAAACUCAACAUGCGACUUCCUUCAGAGAUUUUCUGUACAGUUCUGCUUUUCAUUUUUGCGAGGAACUCAAAGGCAGAUAUUCCAGACUGCAACUACUUCGACACGGUCGAUAUUUCAAACGUUGAAAGACAAAACGAUUCGUAUUUAUACGAUAACAUCCCAAUUCCUGCCAGCCUCACUGGAGACUACGACUACAAGAUGUUUGACCGACUAAGGAUGCCGGCUGAAAAGCAUUUAAGGGCCUGCGUUUGCAAACUGCGGCCUUGCAUUCGAAUCUGCUGCCCAAUCAAGUACACUUUGGCCAACGGAAAGUGCGUUGAUGGUCUCCAGGAGGAGCUCGCCCGGUUAAAGUCCUAUAUAUACCUGACAUCAGCCACGAACCUUUCGACGAAGACACGAGUACCAUUAACCGAGAUGGCUAUUAUCAGAGAUCAGUUCUUAGCUUGUGAUGAAAUGGUGCAGCUCAAGGAUGAGUUUGCCUACGUAGAGGUUUGUCAUCCAGUACUUUAAUAACUGGGCCUAACAGUUUGGUUUUAGAAUGGAACGCUUUUAAUCCCCGAUGGCCAGUUGUCCAUUGAAAAGCAAUACUACUGCCUGUAUCCGUAUCAGUUUAAUUCGGACUUUCCAAACUCCAUGUGGAUAGUGAAGCACAGCUGCAUAACUUACAUGUAUCCUGGAUAUAAAGAGAUCAUAACAAUAUCAAUGAUAUGCUUUAUUCUGACAAUCGCCGUAUAUCUAUACAUCAAGGAUCUGCGCAAUGUGACUGGCAAGUGCAUUAUAAGCUGCAUGGUCUCUAGGUUAACCCAGUAUUUGAUCAUUAUACUAAUUAAUAUGAAGGUAUUGAACAGUGUCUGCUCUCCAGCUGGUUACAGCUUGCACUUCUUGUGGAGAGCUUCCAAUCUCUGGCUCUCCGUCAUCAGCUACCAAUUAUGGAAACUCUUGACGUCGCUCAAUCGAACCGAACCUACUUAUAGGUUCCAGCUGUACAACGCCUUCGUCUGGACUACAGCCGCCGUCAUGACAGGAAGUAUUUAUAUGGUUAAUCGGAUGUGGGAAAACGAUCUCAAUAAGUGGAACUGGUUGCCUUUGGUCGGUUUUAUUAAGUGCGGUGUCAAAUGUAAGCUUUCAAUCGUUACCAAGGUAUUGCUUUACUAUAUUGAACCAGUUUCGAGCACAUUCUCCUGGAUCUACGUAUCUGGGCCGUCGCUGAUCCUAAGCACUUUCAAUAUCGUCAUGUUCACCCUGACAGCCAUUUACAUACGAAAAGUAAAGGGGGAAAUAAAGAGGUUCGCACAUGAGGAGGAGGGAAGGAUGGGCUGCAUCCACAUCGACAGCGAGACCUACAUGCAGUUUCUUCGACUUUCCGUCGUGGGCCUGACUUGGAUCGUAGAUGUCAUUCCGUUUUCUGCGAGGUUCGAGUUCGUCUGGAAACAGAUCAUUAUGAUAACCGACUAUUAUCACUACGCGUUUGGAAUAGUAAUUUUCACUCUGCUUGUGCUGAAGCGCAGUACAUUAACUUUACUGAUUAAGUCUUAA